AUGACACAAGAAUGUGACAAAGAGACAGGUGUCGAUUAUAUGACACAAGAAUGUAACAAAGAGACAGGUGUCGAUCAUAUGACACAAGAAUGUGACAAAGAGACAGGUGUCGAUCAUAUGACACAAGAAUGUGACAAAGAGACAGGUGUCGAUUAUAUGACACAAGAAUGUGACAAAGAGACAGGUGUCGAUCAUAUGACACAAGAAUGUGACAAAGAGACAGGUGCCGAUCAUAUGAUACGGGAACUAGAAACGUUCCUUGUAAUUGUUGGAUGUCUUGUGUUAAGUGUCUUGGCUACAGUCGAGGAUUUCCAUCCCAAACUGUUCACAAGAAUUGCACUUUAUCUGGAACCAUUCCUGUUGGUUUGGCUGAUGGCUGAGUAUGCAAUCCGGGUUUGGGCGGCCGGAUGUCGCUCCAGAUAUCAGGGCUGUUCGGGACGCCUUAGGUUUAUGCGAAGACCUCUGUGCAUUAUAGAUAUGGUGAUCAUCGGUGCCUCAAUUAUCGUACUAUCUCUUGGUAUCGCCAGUCCAAUGUUCGCUGCCUCACCGCUAAGAGGACUACGCUUCUUUCAAAUCCUACGUAUGGCCCGGAUGGACAGACGGGGGGGCUCUUGGAAACUUCUGGGAUCUGUUGUCUGGGCACAUAGGCAGGAACUCCUUACAACGCUGUACAUUGGAUUUCUUGGCCUUCUCUUCUCGUCCUUUCUUGUGUACCUAGCAGAAAAAGAUGCCGACAAAAAGAAAUUUCGAAGUUUUGCCGAUGCCCUUUGGUGGGGAGUGAUCACACUGUGUACUGUAGGAUACGGAGAUGUGGUUCCUACAACAUGGGCUGGCAAAUUGAUAGCUGCAUUUUCAGCUGUGUUGGGGAUAUCCUUUUUCGCCCUGCCUGCGGGGAUCCUGGGUUCCGGUUUUGCUUUGAAGGUCCAGCAACAACAACGCCAAAAACACCUGAUAAGGCGGCGCGUGCCUGCUGCCAGACUGAUACAGUGUCUGUGGAGAUGUUACGCGGCGGACGAAAACUCCAUGUCUAUAGCGACAUGGAAACCUCACAUGGUUCCAUGCCCCAGUCCUACAUCUGACAGACAAUGGAAAAACAACACAGGCUCCUCCUUCGUGAGCAGGUUCUCCACCAGACGGCGUGAUCGUUCGAGUGCCGGAAGUAGUAUCACUUCCAACUCUCCCCAUUCACCACUAAUUCCACGUAGAGAGUCGAAGAAACCGAAUGGGACGGCAGACAUGGAAGACUUUGCAAUUAAUAGCUUGGUGAACCGCACAUGGAGCCAUCUUAGUCUUGCCACUGGGUUGGCAGACCAGAGAGUUGACCAGCUUCCUUUAAAGAAAGACAACCGCUCACCAUCAUUUUCAUACAGGGAUCCAAAUGAAGAAGAGGACCAUUCUCCGAAAAUGACACAACUGACGGAACAACAUAAGAAAGCUAUUAGGGCUAUCAGAAAGAUAAGAUACUUUGUAUCCAAAAAGAAAUUCCGGGAGGCACUGCGACCUUAUGACGUCAAGGAUGUGAUUGAGCAAUAUUCCGCGGGUCAUGUGGAUAUGCUUGGGCGAAUCAAAAGCCUCCAAUCGAGAUUGGAUCAAAUUUUAGGAAAAGUUGGCAGCAAGAAAAAAGACACUUAUGACUCUAAGCAAAGUCUUGCGUCCAGAAUAGUAAAAGUAGAACGUUCAACUGAAGACAUAGAAUCAAAAUUGGACUUACUAUUCGAUAUGUACAAAGAGGAUCGAAAGAUAUUAUUACAGUAUUGUCAGUCUAUGGCACAACUCACAAACAAUGUUCCUGCUUCAGGGGAGGCAACUCCUGUAGCAUCAUGCUUAAAAUCUUCAACAAGUUCUCUCAAGCAACCUCGCUCAAUCCUUUCGGACAAGCAAAGCAGCGAGCCUUCUACUCCGACUAACAUGGAAAACCUUGAGAACCAAUCGAUGCAAAGAAACCUGUCAGACCUCAGUCAGCGAAUCAAAAAGCGUGUUACAUAUCGCUUACUCUCCUUAAACGUUGAGGCAAAGGAGAAACAGGAACCUUCCAGCAUUCCAUAUAAGGGCCGAAGAAAGAGUGCGUCAUUCGAUACGGGUGAUGAACUCUUUGUGCAUGGACGUAAACAACGGUACACCGCACACGGGGAAAGUGACCUCGAGGAGGUUUUUCGAGAGGUUUCCACAGAACUCAACAGUGAAUCAACUGAGAAAGAGUGUGGUGAAAUACAGUGUUCCGAACAACUUCCAAAGGCGAAACAGUCUAUGACGCAAAGCCAAAGGCGUGAACAGUUUUUGCGAGGACGAGUUUCAAGAGAUUCAGGCAAUAAAUCACAUGACCCAGAUCGCGUUGUUCGCGAGAACGAAUCAUUCACCCGUGUAGUAAUUGAUAAUGACGUGUCCGAAUCGUCAACUAAUAAUUCCCCCACUCAUUUAGGUUAUGCCUCGGAUUCCGGUGUUGUCACGAAUACAUAUAGAGAUAAAAAUGGUCAAUAA